AUGAAGGUUUUGAUUGUGAUUGGUUUCACAAUUCUUAUCCAGCUGCUACUGGGCCAACAAUCAGUUGGAAUACGUGUGCACUGUCGCCACGUGGAACGGAUUCAUGAGAAUCAUAUUCAUUUAUGCUGCAAGCAUCCUGAUGGACACAACGAUGUCACUAAGAUGUGUGCCAAGCAGACCAACUUUAAGCUGCCCACCAGGAACGAGGAGGCCAUUGAGGAUUUGACUGUGGAUCAGGUGAUGACCGGCAGUUGUUGGGCCGAUUGCGUUUUUGAGCAUUACAAAUUCAUGGUGAACGGCUCGCUGGAUAUGGAGGCUGUACGCAGUCACUACAGGACUUUUCACAAGCAGGAUCCCGAAUAUGAGACGGAGAUGUUGAUUGCAUUCGAUAGAUGUCACUCGAAGCAGGAGGAAGCCACCGCCGAAUUUCUAUCGUCAAACGCGGUGCGGGCCUUCAGCAGCUCCAAGUAUUGCAAGCCGAAGGCCAGCAUUAUACUAUCCUGUGUGAUCAAAAACUUUUUCCACAACUGUCCCAGUAGUCGUUGGUCGAAUACUGAUGAGUGUUUGGAAACAUUGGCCUUCGCCAAGAAAUGCAAGGAUGUGCUAACUACUAUGUAAAUAAUAUCUAUAAAUGUCCUGCAAAUGCAAAUGUAAUCACAAUAAACUAGAAGAAGAGCAGUAUUUGGCUUUGAA